AUGCCCUUCGACGCCGAUCGUGCCGUGCCCCGGGACGCGGGGCUCCUCUCUGGCUGCGUUCGCGCACCCACGGGGCAGCCGCCCACCGAGGCACUCGGGGAAAAGCCGUUGCAGGAUCCGGCGGCCAUCCCCGACAUCCACAUCCGCCUGCUGUACAAGAGCGUGGAACUCAGGGCCGGGAAGCUGGUGGACAAUUACGUCAUGGACGGCGGCUUCGAGGCGAAGUUCCCGAUUGAUUUGCAGUACCUCAUCAUAGACCAGGGCCACGCACGCGGACCGAAGAGCCAGAAGGACAUGGGCCUCUGCGUGGACUCCCAGGUGCCCUGCCCCCCGCGGCUGAGGAGCCUCGUGGCGGACUGCCUCCUGGCGCUGCGGCGAGGCAUCCAGCCCAGGCUCACCGACGAGGGGACCGGGGCCACGUAUAUGCUUCGGGAUCCCGCCAACAAGUCCAACCUGGCAGUCUUCAAGCCAAAGGCUCCCACAAUGAGGGAGGAUGAGUGGUCUGGGUAGUGCGGCGCAGAGAAGCAACAUCUCCACUGCACUGGGCCG